UAGUGUUACAGCAGAGAAACAGUUACAGUUGAUCGCUACGUUACUAUAGAAGUAUUUUCUAAUUCGAACAGAAAAUGAGGGAAAAGACUUUCUCGUUAUUGGUGACUUUCUUUUUGUAUUUAACUACACCUUAUUUUGUUUGGACAAUACCAUUAAAUAAUUCUGAUGACGCUGUGGUGGAGAUGCCUUUAGUAACAAAUAACCUGAAAGCGCCAUUAGUCGCGGAUCUCGAUGUUUCUGCUUUAAACAAACAACUUAAGCAUUAUAUAGAUACAGCUAUUUCAAAGACAUUUCUGGGUAAAGUUAAGGACAUUAUUGAACACAGCCAAGAUGAACUUAAAACUAUAAUGCUGACCACCUACAAGGAAAGAUUACAGGAGUCAAAGGCUGUGUAUGAGGAGGAUUUAGCUCAUUUGGUUGGCGGAUUCAAAUCUCGCUUCAAAAGUCUAUUCAGUGAUUUAACGGAGAACGUUACAGAUUUGAUAGGUAAUUUAGAAGAAUGGAAGAAAGACUAUACUCAAACAAUUUCAGAGAAAUACAGACCUAUCGAUGUACCAAGAGACUGUACUGACAUAAAAGAAAGUAAUAUGAAGAGUGGCGUUUAUACAAUAUCUAAAGAUAAUGGUAAUUGUAAACGAGUCUAUUGUGAUAUGGACGUGGAUGGUGGUGGAUGGAUCGUCAUACAAAGACGCUCAGAACGCAAGGUGAAAUUUGAGAGAACUUGGAACGAAUAUGAAAAUGGUUUUGGAGAGGUCGCUGGAGAACAUUGGCUUGGCAAUAAAUAUAUUCAUAGUCUUACGAAUAAUGGAAAAUUUGAACUGCGAUUGAAUAUGGAAACGAAAGAUGGCGAAGACAUAUAUGCUUUAUACAAGUCAUUCAUACUGGGUGAUGCUGCAUCCCAGUACCAGCUUACAGUCAAUGACUAUAGUGGGACAGCAGGUGACGCUUUACAACGACAAUCUUCUGGAAAAUUCUCAGCAAUAGAUCGUGACAACAGUGGUGGUAAUAAUCAUGCAAUAUCCCACGGACCAUGGUGGUACAAAGGAGGUUCAAAUACUUGGUUAAACGAUGAUCAAAGAGAAAAUUACUGGGGGAAACACAUGUAUAUUGGUCGGAAGACAACCAUGAUGAUCAGACGACUAUAGUUUGUUACUUUCACACAAAUGAAACAAUUAACUUCUGCAGAGUAGAUAUCAACUUG